ACGACAAAACCCCACUGCAAGACGCAGAGCCAGAAUAGAGCAGCUUUGGCACGAGAGCUAUUUUCCUAUAGGUUGUAGAGGGGAACAAAAAGAGUAGAAAUCGUCUUCGUUUCCCCUAACAUACUUCUCAUGAUGCCGGAAUCCUCCUGGUCGUCUUUGCUGGCCAGUAUACAGAGACAAUGUAGUUGAGAGAGAAAGGGGAACUGCACCGGUGGAGAGAUCUGGGGAUGAAUGGACAUGGUUAUGGGUGAUUAAUUGCAUUUUCAGCUGGAGAACAACACUGGAUAUGCUCAGAAAAAGUGAGGAUAAGUGAGUUUCGGGGCCCACAGGAUGGACACUGCGGAGGUGAUUCUGUCUGUGUUGGUGGUUGUGAUUAUCAUAGUGUCGUUGCUGUCCAACGUCCUGGUGCUGAUCUGCUUUCUGUACAACCCGGAGAUCCGUAAGCAGGUCCCCGGUCUGUUCAACCUCAAUCUCACCUUCUGCAACUUGUUGCUGACCGUGUCCAACAUGCCUCUCACUUUGGUGGGACUCGUCAGUAAGACUCAGCCGGGAGGGGACGGCUUCUGCCAGAUCGUGGGCUUCCUGGAGACAUUCCUGUCCACCAACUCGAUGCUGAGCAUGGCAGCUCUGAGCAUCGACAGGUGGAUUGCGGUGGUGUUCCCCCUGAGGUACCACUCCAAAAUGCGCCACAAAGACGCAGCUUUGGUCCUCGGGUACACGUGGGUGCACUCCGUGUCCUUCUCCACGGUGGCCACCUGCCUCUCCUGGGUGGGAUACCACCGGCUUUACGCGUCCUGCACGUUGUCCAACCCGAGGGCGAGCAGCCGGACACCGUUUGUUAUCUUCACCGUCUUUUUCCACUCCUUUUCCUUCCUCCUGUCUUUUAUAGUGCUGUGUGUCACUUACCUCAAAGUGCUCAAAGUGGCAAGGUUUCACUGUAAGAGGAUCGACGUUAUUACAAUGCAAACGUUAGUGCUGCUGGUGGAUAUACACCCCAGUGUUCGCCAGCGUUGCCUGGAGGAGCAGAAGAGAAGACGACAGAGAGCGACGAAGAAGAUCAGCACCUUCAUCGGCACCUUCAUGAUCUGCUUCGCUCCCUAUGUGAUCACAAGGAUCGUGGAGUUAUUUCCAACGGUGCCUAUCAACCCUCACUGGGGAAUUGUUUCCAAGUGCUUAGCUUACAGCAAGGCAGCCUGCGACCCCUUUGUGUACUCACUGCUCCGACACCAAUACAGGAAGACGUGCACUGACAUCAUCAACAGGCUGCUGAAGCGGAGCUCUUUGAACGCAUCGGGGCGCGGACACGAGAACCAAGUCAACAGCAUAGCAACUGCAGAGUGACCCGGCAACUGUCAGGGAAAUAUGAGGCUGAUUUAUCGCCGAUUAAGAACAGAAGAAAUAGUGCUUGUCCCUGUCCAUGUCUGCUUGAAUUUGGUCUGACAAGCCAAAAGAAAGCGACUACAGACAGAGGGCAAAUCCCCAGCACCCUGGAAUACCACAGUGCUUGCAUACUGAAACUCCAGAACAGCAGAUCAGUGCAGUGAACUUGUGAGGACAAUGAGAAAAGGGAGAUUUCACAUCCACCGGAAGAGACAGAUGUGCUCACCCAAGAUGAACGGCCAGUUCAUAGCCUCAUUAUUCUGACAUGGUAGCUUUAAGUCUGAUAUAAGACAUAAGGAUUUAGUUUUACAUUACGUCUAACAUACAUUCUACGGAAGCCCUGAGAGGCAAGUGAGAAAAAAUACAAUGAUCCAUUUUCUAAUGUCUAUAUCUAAAGGGUUUUCUCUCCUGUGUUUAUGUCUUAAGAAGAGGUGAUGUUUGUUUCACCUAGAUAAUUUUUCAUCAUAUGUAAAAAAUUACACCUUUUCCCACCUGUUUCACGGAUGAAAAGAACACCCUGGAGCAGAAUCUUUUUUUUCUAACUUGCCAGUCAGGGCUUCUGUAAUGUUUACAUUAUAUUUUUUAAAUGAAAGAAAGGAAAGAAUAGAAAAUGGCUGUUUGCCGAUUUAGUGACAGGUUGAUGCGUUCACACUGUAUGUAGCACUAUAAACUAGCCUAACCAAAACUAACCAAAUUGUAUUACAGAUGAAAACGUACAGCAGACUGCACAGCUCGGCUCAGGUUUACAUUGCCUUGAAGCAUAAUGGCCAAUGAAAGAUAAAGCUAUGUGACUAUGUGAGACUUUGUGUUUGUCUGUGUUUCAUGUGUGGUAUUUGCGCACCAUUUAGCAAGACUUAUUGACCCAGCCAAGCAGAGUUUUAAAGGUAAAAAUAAGCCUUCAAACCGACUGCCUUUGCUGUCAUGACUGACAUGUGCCCCUCAGGUUGAUUAACUUAGCCAAGCGUGAUUGACAGUCGGGCGGAUUUGUACUCACAGAAAAGAGUGACAGGGAGUGACAUGCUUUUUGAUUUCUCACACAUUUGGGCUGGAUGGAAAGGAAGGAAAAAUGCAUCUGAUGUCCUUAUUUUCAUCACUUGGGAGAGUGACUAUAACUAAUGACAACUUGUGAUGUUUAAUGACGGUCUUUCAUGAAAAGCAAAAAAUAGUAUCUGUUUUCUGCUUGGCAGUCAACAUGUAUGUUAUUUAUUGAGAUGGAACAACUUUAAGGAUUGCAGUGUCCCUCUUUUUACUCUCACAUGAAUUGGGCGCACAUGAUGUUUAUUUAUUUAGGCCCAUUGCUUGUGAAGUAUUGUAGUUUCAGGUCUUUGUUGAAGACCUAAGUCCAAGAGCCUUCUUGACUGACAAAGUGUUAUCUGACUCAAUAAAUGUUGUACCUAUUAUAUUUUUGUUCUGUAACAGAAGAAAGGCAGCUCUGUAUCAGAGGUCUUUUCCCUGGGCUUAACUUUUUGUAGAGUAGACAUAUGUAGAUGGAAGUCCUCGACGCCUUAGUUUAAUAAAAAAAAGGGAUAAAGAAGACGUUUUUGAUGGAUUUGGUGUUCAGUCGGUACAACAGUAAGUUACUGUCUGUAUGUAUCACACACAGUGCCAAAACGAUCAAUGACACCCAGUGAGCCAAAUAUAAGUAGCUGCAGUUCAUUUUUAUGAAAACAUAAAAGAAGAUAGAUUAAAAAAAUAUAUUUAUGAAAUUACUUAUUGAUACAUGUUUGCUUUUAUUUUGUGUUCAUGGUUGUUACGGAAGCUCUAAAAGUUAAGUGAGGAAAAAUAAGGCAGAUCUAAAUAUCCUCCUGUGUUUAUGACUUCAGCACAAGAGUAGAAAAAUGAAGGAACUAAUAUACUGUAGAUAUAUAUAUGGAGAGAAAACUAUUAGGAUCGGACUGAAACGCAUUAAAAGUUAUUUUUGGACAUGGUUCUCAGGGCUUCCGUAAACUUUUGAUAAUACAGAGGAGAAAUAGUUGUCUUGGAUAUAUGAUGCAUUGCAAAGUUAUGUUUGACACUCCAAGACAAUCAAUGCCUUAAUCUCUGUUAUAUAUGAUAUGUUCUUUCCAUUCACAACGGCAUAUGGGUAUUUUGAACAAUAUAGAUAGAGUAAAUCAUUGCCUUAUUCACUUCAGCUCAUGAAAAAUCUGUAUUUCUUUACCUUCUGCUUUCCAUGGUUUCUGAUCAUGUUUUGCACUGAUGUAGAGUAGUUAUUUUCCUCAUACAUGAUGGUUAUUGGUGAAAAAUCAAGGUAUUAUAUAUGUUGAUAGAUUUAGAUAAAUGACAACUUGAAGAGUAUUUUUGUGUCUUUUUGAUAUACGUACAUGUAAUUUAUGACGACACUUUAUUUGUUGAGUGUUUAAGAAUGUGCUGCUUCACCUGCAAAUUAAGUUAAAACCGUUAUUGAUAGGUGACAAUGCAUUGACUGUAUACCUCAUUUUGUUAGGGUGGCCUCAAGUGUUUUGUUAUUUACUUACUCAUUUAUUCAACCACUGGCACGAUGCUGCUGCAGAUGGCUAGAACAAUUGUUGAUGAUGAUGUUUUACUGAUAGGAUGAAGAUAUUUGGUUUUGAUGGAGAUUGUAAUUGUAAUUUUGGAUAAAAUCAAGAGGAUGACUGUUUCAGAUGUUGACCAUGAUUAUUAAAGUGAACUCUACCAAA